CUCGAGCAACUGGAGCUCGAACUGAAGCAUGUGGCCAAGGAAGGCAAGGGUGCUAAGACCAAACAACUGCGAGAGUAUCAGAACAAACUAGAUAAGAUGGAACGGGAUCUCAAUCGUGCGGCAAACAGCCAGCAAGGCGGUGACGUCUACCACGGUGGCUACGGGUAUCAUUCAGAGGAUGAGGACGAUG